UCCAAGCCUUAGAAACAAACUCACAAGCCAGAAAAUCUCUUAGUCUCCGCCACAUCUCUUCAGAUGGCAACCAGAGCUCUCCUCGCCAUCGCCGUGACCUUAGCAGUUCUAGGGACGGCGCUCGGUGCCAGCUACACCGUCGGCGCGCCAAGAGGGUCGUGGGAUAUCCAGACCAACUAUGUCCAGUGGACUUCCAACCUGAAGUUCCGCGCCGGCGACCAGCUGUUGUUCAGGUACUCCCGAGCGGCGCACAACGUGGUGGAGGUGAGCAAGGCAGACUACGACGCGUGCUCUGCUUCCAGCCCCAUCGCCUCCUUCCAGACUGGCAACGACAUCGUCCCGCUCGCCGCCGCCGGCAGCAGGUACUUCAUCUGCGGUGUUCCGGGGCAUUGCGAUGCUGGUAUGAAGGUCCGUAUCGACGUCGAGGAAGCAACACCUGGUGGUGCCCCGUCGCCUAUGAGUCCUCGUGCAGGUUCAGCCGCACCGGCGGUGGCCCCCAUGCCGAGCGCAGAGAUCACGCCCUCGACUAGCGGCCAGGCAAUGCCUCCGUCGAGCUCAGCGGUUUCAGCUGGGGUUGGAUCACUGGGGCUAUGUUUUGGGGUUGUCUUUACGGCCGCUCUGAUGGCUUUGUACUAAAAUUAGCGAAUGAUGUAUCUAGUUUUCUUUUUUACAUGUAUACUUGGAUUAGCAGCA